AUGCGGAAGAGGCAGAAGGGAGGAAGGAUGGAUAGACAGAUUGUUGCACAGACUGACAAAAGUCUGAAAGACAAAAAGAAAGAAAGAAUUAAAGAAAGAAAGGAAGAAAGACAGGAGAAAGGAAAGAAGGAACCAAAAAACCAAGGAACAAAGAAAAAGAGAGGAGGGAAGGAUGGAAGAAAGGAAAGAAGGAAGAAAAAAAAGGAAAGAAGGAAAGCAAGCAGGCAGGAAGGAUGGAAUGAAUUUAUGAAUGAAGGAACAAAGAAAAGAAAGGAAGGAAAGCAAGCAGACAGGCAGGAAGGAAGGAAGGAUGGAAGGAAUGAACGAAGGAAAGAACAAACAAAAGAAAAAAGGAAGGAAGGAUGGAUGAAGGAAGUAAGGAAGGAAGGAAGGAAAAAAAGAAAGAAAGAAAAGGAAGAUGCAAGCAGGCAGGUACAUGUAGGUAGGAAGGAAGGAAUGAUGGUCGGAUGGAUGGAAGGAAGGAAAGAAGGAAGGAAGAAGGAAGAAAGAAAGGAGAAAGUGAAGAAUUCAAGUAGAAGAAGGAAUGUACAAGAGAUCCCCAGUCAAAAUACAGGAUGA